AUGACCGCCAUUUACGUCUGUAGCGGCACUUUUUUUCUUGACGACGGCUGCGCCGGCGUCCAUGGGAAAACGCGGCUGCUGCUGCUGCGCGAGGGCGACGCGGCCCCCGCGCGGACGUUGGACGCGCCAAGCGACGCCGCCGAUGCGCUCACUCUGGCGUGGGCUAUUGCACACGACCAGAUGACGCUGUGCCCCCCGGCGCGGGAUGCCUUUCCCGUGGCUGCGUUGUGUACUCCGGCGCUUGACGCCCUGGGGGCGAAGCGGCGCUGGCGACGACAUCGGGUAGGCGACGCACACCGGCCGCCUGCGAUGCCGUCUUGGCUGGUGACAGCGGUUGACGUGCGAGACCUGCCUGUGCUGUUGCCGGUGACGGCCAACAGGACUGUGACGACGUCACGCGUUUUCGCCUCCGCGGGGUUUGUUCCUCCGAACAUUCCUGUGCUGGCGUAUUUGGCUGCGCGGAGGCGACGCCGCUGCCCUCCCCGCAGCUCGCCCGCUGCGUUGAAAGAGAAGCGGCAGCAACAGCAACAGCAACAGCAACAGCAGGAGGAGGAUGAGGAUGAGGAUGAUGACGGCGUAGCGGGGGCGAAGUUCGGCGCUCGUUUUCCGCUCGUUUCUGUGCGUGCCACUCCCACCACCCCGCGACAACUUUGCUCCCGCUACGCCCUGCACAUUGAGCCCAUGUGGUGCGUGGAGCCGCAGGAGUGGGUGGACCACCGCCGACCGCUGCAGCUCACGCUGUGGCAGGUGCUCUCGUAUGCCGAGCGGCUCAGCUGCGCGCUGGGCACGCUGCGCCUGGACGCCGUUCUUAGAGACGCCUUUGCCCACCUUCCCACUGGAGUUCGCGGCGACCCUGCGGAGGAGCUUGUGACGGAGUGGUGGCCGCUUGCUGGAGGGGAGUUGCCGCCGCAGGACGCGGGGAGCGUUCGCCUGCGGUGCCGCCCCGUGCCGCACGCACCGAGUGGGGCGAGCGUGGGCUUCUGCCAGGUGCCCGUUUGCGUGGAGCUGCUGCAGAUCACCGCACACUCCUUCAGGGGCGGCCGACCCUCGAAGCCUGGGGGCCGGCUGGGGCUGGUGCUGUCCCCCGCAGGCAACACCCGUUUCGCCUCCUGCAGCACCACAUGCUUGCUGCCUGGCGGGGACGACCAUCCCCCCUAG